AAAAACAAAUCGAAAAAGAAGCUGCUCCUGAUCCACCUCCGUUCCCCCCUUCCGCGGCUCGUCUUCUCUUCCCUCCUCCGGCGAAGCCGAACCACCCCAGCGGCGAGAGCGAGCGCCGAACGACGGUGUGGGCUCUGCAAGCGAUGGACCCCCGCCACCUCGGCGUCGGCGCAACCCCCGGCAGCGGCGGGAGUGGCGGCCAAUCAGUGGACGCGUCAGCGAGGCGCCGCCGCCGCAUGUCGGCCCCGUUGACAGGCACCCGCCUCAUGCUGGCCUUCAACGAUGCUGCUGGUGACGGUCAUGGCGGGAGGUCGUCCUCGUCGUCGUCGUCUUCCGGAGGGUUGGACCUCUCGUUAGAUGAACCGCACCCCCGCUACAGUCACCACCGUGUCUACCCCGAGUUCUCUCCGAUGUCGAAUAUGGGGCGCCUCCUCUUUCAUGGCUCUCCACUAGGGUCGCCUACGACCGAUGACGAUGUCCUCGUCAUGGAUGGUGUGCUCGUUGCCGACGGCUUCAGCCCUGGCCCCAAGCGCUACGCCUCCUUCACUGACCUACGCUUGGUCCACACCAACUCCCCUGGCUCGGGCGGCAGCGGUCGCCACGGCUCCAGUCUCCAGGGACAUUUCAUCAAUGAAGCUCCUAUGCAUGGAAAUCUGUUCUUUCUCCGUCUGUCUCUGGCUGGCUCUCUCUGGCAGUAUACACAAGAUGCGUGUCUUUCGGAAGGUGAUCGCGCUGAUGGCUUAUUUUUUAACAUAUUGCGGCUCAUUUUGCAUUUGCUAUUUCUUCAAGAUAUUUGUAAAACGUAAUUAAUAAAGUUAUGUUCUAAGAAUAUUAUACAUAAAAACUAUCAUUAGUACAUAAAAACAUUUAAAUAUACACUUGUGUAUUAUAUAAAAAAAUAGUUAAUACCGACAUUGAAAAUGUUUGUUAAAUAAAUAUGUUUAACGAAUCCAAAAUGUAUAGACUCGCAACUUAUAUUUAAAUUAUGCAAAAUGCUGAAUUCAAACAUUUACGUACCUAUAUGCAGUACAGUGUGGUUGGCUUUUCCCGUAAAUUAAAAAAUUGUAAGGGUGUUUUGUGCAACAAUUAAGUAAGCUGAGCGCCACCACUCACUAACAGGUGGGGCCAUACACCUUGAUACGUCAGCACGCGUAUUUUGUGACCAUAUUUGCACGCGAUGUCAAGUUAGAUGACAACAAAUCCGUAUUUUUAAAAUUGUAGCACCAAACUGAACAUUGAACGCAAGUUCUAUGACUUACGGUGAUAUUACCUCUCAUAUAUAUAUAAGGGUACACAAAGUGCAUAAAUACAAGAUACAGGGUAUACACAGAAGCUACGUAUAAACGUUAUCUAACACUCACAAUGUUUGUUAGGACUUGGGAAUACAACAAGUGUGGUACUGACUAGCUGAAUGUAGUUGACCCGUAGUCCUAUGUCCUAUCCUACCAAUGGUGCACGAAAACUCCUGUAUUUAUCCAUCUGGAAGCCAAAAUAAGGGGAGAGUUUUUCUGUUUUAGAAAAAGAGGAGGAGGAAACAUGUGGACAAUAAAAGGAUGGGGAAGUUUUCCCCACCCUUGCCAAGUUCGUAGUCUGGAAUUAGUAAUAC